AUGGAUCCCAACAACAACAACCGACUCCACCUGAAUUUCGGGUACAACGAUCGUGGUUUCAAUGCGGCGGCGGCCAACAACCGCGCCUAUCCCACUACCCCCUCCGCCUUCCCCCAGCCGAUCUACCAAAACCAGGGUCCCCAGGAUUAUAUGGACGCCCAGAACGGUGCCUAUGCUCAAGGUGGUUAUUUCAUGGCCAAUCCUUACCAAGCUCAGGCUGCCUACGGCCAGCCGCAUUAUGGCCAGAACCUGCAGUCCCCUCAGCCCGCCUACCAGUCCCGCAUGGGUUACAGCGCGAAUGAUGGCACCAACGGCUUGAUCCAGCAGUUCUCGAACCAGGACCUGAAUUCUCCUCGCUCGGGUUUCUUUGCUCGUUCUGCCUCACCGGCCCAGCGACCCCGAACCGCGGGCUCCCCCGCCCCCGGGCAGCAACAGCCGGGCCACCUGGCGCCUCCUAUGCCUCGUAGCCCUCGCACCCCCGCGGAGAACGAAGAGUUGCAGCGGUAUCCCGAACGGUACUCGGAGAAUGUUCACAAACGUGGUAAGGCAGCCAAGGAGCUGGUCAGCGUCUUCUUCAAUGAGAACAUCGAGCGCGCACGCGAUCGCAACAUGCGGUCUGCUGAGCUUGACAAGAUGAUCCGUGAACCGAGUAUCCCCAAGGAGAACAAGUGCAAGGAUGCAGAGGUGCUUGCUAAGAAAGAAUCGAAUUUCCUCCGAUUCCUGCGUACCAAGGAAACCCCGCAGAACUUCCAGACCAUCAAGAUUAUCGGAAAGGGUGCGUUUGGAGAGGUGAAGCUGGUACAACGGAAAACCGAUGGCAAGAUUUAUGCGCUGAAGUCGUUGAUCAAAACGGAGAUGUUCAAGAAGGACCAGCUGGCUCACGUUCGCGCGGAGCGUGAUAUCCUUGCUGAUUCCAAGGACAACCCGUGGUUGGUGAAGCUGCAUGCUUCUUUCCAGGACACCGCAUACUUGUAUCUGCUGAUGGAGUUCUUGCCUGGUGGUGACUUGAUGACCAUGUUGAUCAAGUACGAAAUCUUCUCCGAGGAUAUUACCCGAUUCUAUAUGGCUGAAAUUGUCAUGGCGAUCGAGGCUGUUCACAAGCUCGGCUUCCUUCAUCGUGACAUCAAGCCUGAUAACAUUCUUCUGGAUCGUGGUGGUCACGUCAAGCUGACGGACUUUGGUCUGUCCACUGGAGGAAAGAAGACCCACGACAACUCCUACUACCAGAACCUGCUGAAGAACUCGACGUCAAAGGACAAGAACCGCAACUCCGGUUACUUCAACGAUGCGAUCAAUUUGACCGUUUCCAACCGUGGCCAGAUCAACACGUGGAGAAAGUCUCGUCGCGCAAUGGCAUACUCCACGGUCGGUACUCCGGACUAUAUCGCCCCCGAGAUCUUCAACGGUCAAGGAUACACCUACCUGUGCGAUUGGUGGUCUGUAGGUGCUAUCAUGUUCGAGUGCCUUGUGGGUUGGCCCCCGUUCUGCGCGGAAGACACCACCGACACCUACCGCAAGAUUGUGAACUGGAGAGAAUGCUUGUACUUCCCCGAGGAACUCACUCUUUCGCGCGACUCCGAGGGCCUCAUCAGAAGCUUCCUCUGCGACGCAGAGCACCGUAUCGGAAGCGAUGGCGGCCAAUUCGGCGGCGCAACGCAGAUCAAGAACCACCCCUUCUUCCGCGGAGUCGUUUGGGAGCAACUGCGCAGCAUCCGUGCCCCGUUCGAACCGCGACUGAGCUCGAACAUUGACGUGUCGUACUUCCCGAUCGACGAGAUUCCUCAGGAGGACACCAGUGCCAUCCACCGCGCUCAGGCUCGGGCCAUGCCGGACGAGCAGGAGGCGGAGAUGAGCCUUCCAUUCAUCGGAUACACGUACAAAGCGUUCAACGCCUUCCAAGGAAAUUGA